CCAAACAAACAAACCUACAGCUUGGUCCGGACUGUUAAUGUUAGUGCUGCUACUUUUUAUUUGGGACUAAAUCUGCUUUAAUCAGUCCAAAUAAAUCGCGUCUUUUUUCUUGCAGGCCAUUUGAAUUGUUAAAAAAAAUGUGCUCGGAUGUUGUAGUAUCACGACCUCACUAUGACAGCAGAGCUGUAGCUCAGGGGGUCCCGGAGAAAGAUCACCUUGUAGCGGCCCCACAGCCGUCCUCGGGCUUAGCCACAGCAGGGUACCGCUCGGCUAAAUACACCCCGACUGAAUGGUUCUCCAACUACCAAAACUUACUUCAGCAAGCCGGUACCGACUGCCACGAAGCUACGAGCCUUCAGCGAGAGUCCAGAACUUUGUACCAAGACACCGAUGCAUCCACUUUUAAGACACAGGCCGAGGGAACACGUCGUCUGGGAGAGAGACUACAAGAGAUCCACUACUGGAAGUCUGAGCUGCAGCGGCACAUCGAGCAGCUGCUGGCCGACACGGAGUCACUGGUGGCGCUGAAGAUGCGGCUGGAGAAGGCGCUGGAUGCCACCGAGAUUCCCUAUGCUAUCGCCACAGACAACCUGAACUGCAGGGCGAGAAGGCUGGGAGCUGACCUGGUCAGAGACACUGUGGAGGAAGAGUUGUUCAAGGAAGUGGACUUGAUCAGGAGUGUCCAGGCUCUUCUGAAGAGAACUACAGCUCAGGUUGUCAGUCAAAUCAAGUUGAACAGAGAAGCCAAGCACACUUUAGAGAUGGACUGGUCUGAUAAGUACCAGGCCUACCAUUUUGAUGACCACAGCGGAAGACACAGUAACAUGAGUUCAGAUACGCAGCACCAUCCCAGCUCAGCUGCCAUGCAAGAACAGGUGUCCAGCCACCCAUUAUGGACGAAGUUUACACAAGACAACCUGUUCAAGGCCGUGCAGGAGGAACAGGCUACCAACAGUCUCAGAUUGCUGGUAGAGCAGGUGCUGCAGGACACGGCUGAGGAUCUGAGAGUCCAGUGCUCCAGUGUUGACCGAGCCUUUAGCGAACGCUGUGUGGAGCUGAAUGAAGCCAAGACACAGCUCAAUAUGCAGCUCAAACAGAUCUUGGAGCAAAUUGGUGCCCAGGAGAAAAACAUUGUGGCUCUGCAGCAGGCCAUUCACAACAAAGAAGCUCCACUGCGAGUAGCUCAGUCCAGACUUUACCUUCGCUCCCUCAGACCCAACAUGGAGCUGUGCAGAGAUGAACCCCAACUCAGUUUGGAAGGGGAGGUGAAGCAGAUUGAUGCCACUCUGGCAUCUCUACAGCAGAAGCUGAGCAAAGCCAGAGAGUCCCUGUCUCGUCUGGAGGAGUCACGCAUGGCGUUGGAGAAAGACAUCAACUGCAAAACCCACUCACUGUUCAUCGAGAGGGAAAAGUGCAUGACUCACCGUAAACGAUACCCGACCACUUCAGCACUGUCAGGAUACUGAAAGGUUCAACACGUCUUUGUUUGGCUCUUUUUUGUGUUGCUGUAAUUAGUAAAUGGUUAUGACCGAUAUAAAGAUGACUUUUUACAUUUAGUACUAAAGGCAUUAAUAUGACCACAUAUUUGAUCACAGUUUUGUAUACUGUUCGGUUUGUUUUGGUUCUGUCCUUUUAGCGUUCAUAAGUAAAACACAUAUCUUCUGUCUCAGGGAUAUCUUCAUACACAUGAUCACCAUCAUCAUUAUCAUAGAUGUGCCAGUUGUUCCGCUCCUCAGAAGAACCCAAAUUGAAACACGCCUCAACAGCUUGGUUUUCAUAAGUCUAAAAAACAAAUAGAAGGAAAGAUUACAAUGACGAAGGAAACUCACAGUGAAAUUCAGAGGUCACAAUAAGAUGGACACAUGGCAUAACAAUUUCUUGAUGAUAACAUAUUUCUUUGGCCCACUAGCACCAGGUGCAUCUAUUUCUCUGAUUUUUUUAGCCUAAACUGAGUAAAUAGGAGUCUACAGAAAUGUAAUAUUGAAAUAAUGUACACAUUUUAGAGGACAUGGUGGGAAGAUGUUCCUGAGAAUAAACGUAACAUUUACAGGACCACUGUCAAAGCAAGCUAAAUCGCCAGUACGGUGCAGCAAACAUUGCACUUUCGAAAUGCUUCUGAUACUGUCUCAUGUAUUUUCCUCUCACAUGAUCCUUAAGCUUUACUUCUCCUGCUUCUUCAGUGUUUAUCGUGAUUCUGUUCAUGGCGAUGUCAGCUGCUGGAGCAACACAGAAAACAAUAAAUUAAAGUGCUUGUGUGUGGACAAAUCUA